AUGCAGGUUCUUGUUGCGGUGCUGAGCUUCAUCGACAUCGUGGCGCUUACUUUCCUCAAUGGCUACUGGCUAAUCACCCUCGAUGAACUGGAGUUGGACCAUCUGAACCCGGCCGACGUGGCCAAGCGCCUCAACAAGCUCGUUUACCCGGAGAUGAUCCUGCACGGUAUCCUCAUGUUCUUGUGCUUGCUGGCGUGGGCUCCGUGGGUAUUUCUGCUUAAUAUCCCGGUUGCAGCUGUCGUGCGGAAUGAACACAUGAUGGACCCAACGGAAAUUCUGCGUUUCAAGAAUCUGCAGCAGGCUCGUUUGGAGUCUAUUGCUAGGACGGUCUUCUACGGUCUCCAGAUUGUCUACGGCAUGUUCUGGAUGGUGUCGGCUAUUGUGAACUCAGCGAAGAACCGGAAGGGUGGCAAGCGCGCAUAG